GAGACAGGAGGGAGGCUCUCGGAGCAGCGAACAUCCGCUCUUGAUCCGGAGCCUAGCAGCGGGAGCUUGGGAGAGGGUAGGGAGUGCGGCGCAUCCUUGCCUGAGCCUGUGUGGCUGCCUAGCCGUGCUCUCGCCAGCGCCAUUGGUCUUCAGGGCUCCCAAGGAUGGAGGAAUCUAGGGAGACGUCGUCGUCCUCCAACAACUCUUCAGAAGAGCUAAGUUCCGCGCUGCAGCUGUCCAAGGGCAUGUCGAUCUUCUUAGACAUACUGAGGAGAGCAGACAAAAAUGAUGAUGGAAAAUUGUCCUUUGAAGAAUUCAAAGCAUAUUUUGCAGAUGGUGUUCUGAGUGGAGAAGAAUUACAUGAGCUCUUCCAUACCAUUGAUACACAUAAUACCAACAAUCUUGACACAGAAGAACUAUGUGAAUAUUUUUCUCAGCACUUGGGCGAGUAUGAGAAUGUACUAGCAGCACUUGAAGACUUAAAUAUUUCUAUCCUGAAGGCAAUGGGAAAAACAAAAAAAGACUAUCAAGAGGCCUCCAAUUUGGAACAAUUUGUAACUCGAUUUUUAUUGAAAGAGACCUUGAAUCAGCUGCAGUCUCUCCAGAAUUCUCUGGAAUGUGCCAUGGAAACUACUGAGGAGCAAACCCGUCAAGAAAGACAAGGGCCAACUAAGCCAGAAGUCCUUUCAAUCCAAUGGCCUGGAAAACGAUCAAGUCGCCGAGUCCAGAGACACAACAGCUUCUCCCCCAACAGCCCUCAGUUUAAUGUCUACAGUCCAGGUUUACUAGAAGAAGAUAACCAAUGGAUGACCCAGAUAAAUAGACUCCAGAAAUUAAUUGACAGACUGGAAAAGAAAGAUCUCAAACUUGAACCUCUAGAAGAAGUUAUUGAAGAGAAUACUAAAUAUCACAUCAUGCUUGUGCAGCGUCAGAUGUCUGUGAGAGAAGAGGACUUGGAAGAAUUCCAGCUUGCUCUGAAACACUAUGUGGAGAGUGCUUCCUCCCAAAGUGGAUGCUUGCGUAUUUCUAUACAGAAGCUUUCAAAUGAAUCUCGCUACAUGAUUUAUGAAUUCUGGGAAGAUAGUAAUGUAUGGAAUAGCCACCUUCAGAUGAAUUAUAGCAAGACAUUCCAAAGAAGUAAUGUGGAUUUCUUGGAAACUCCAGAACUCACAUCUACUAUGCUAGUUCCUGCUUCAUGGUGGAUCCUGAACAACUAGAUGUUUCUAAACAUUUUCUUUAUGGUUCCAAGUGAAAAACAAGUGUUCUUAUCUAAAAUGUGAACUAGAAAAUUCUCUGUACUUAUUAGUCAACUCUCUUUGGUUUUAUUUACCCUAAAAUGUGUACUCAUUUCUUAAAUGUCUUCUAUAACUUUAUCUUUCAUGUGUAUUUUAGCUCAACUUUCUAAGUUCACUAUUAUUCUCAAUAUGUGCUAAUGUAUUGCUAUACUGUAACCUAAAACCCAGUAGCCACAAAAUCCUAAUAUGUGAAAAAGUGUACACAUAAAGGAACAAAAUCAUUAUGAUACAGUGAGAACUUUUAUUUAGAGUAUUACUUCCUAGAACAGCUUUUGUAGAUGUCAUAAACUGUAAAGGUUAAA